AUGGCGUCCUCCUCGAGCGACACACCAGACACAUCGUACGUGAAGAUGGACACGGCCGACGCAACCUUGAUCGGCAAGCACUGCGAGUACGAAUACUGCAACCAGCUCGACUUCCUGCCCUUCUUCUGCCAAUCAUGCAAGCACACCUUCUGCCUGGACCACCGGAGCGAGACGACACACAAAUGCGCCAACGCCGGCGCCUGGGCUGAGCGGCGGCGACAGGCCGCCCUCGCCAAGCCGAGCGCCGGGGAGGGCAAACGCAUGCGCGACUUUGUGCAGCAGAAGCCGUGCGCCGCGCGCGACUGCAAGACGACCGUCGGCACGAGCCUGGUGCCCGGCGUGCACUGCGACCGGUGCAACCGCGACUACUGCCUCAAGCACCGGCUGGGCGAGGAGCACGACUGCAAGAAUCUGGUGCCCAUCGGCGCGCGGCCGGGCGGGCAGGUGGCGGACCUGGGCCGCGAGGCCCGCAGCGCCUUCGCCAAGCUCAAGGCCUGGGGCGCCUCGCGCAAGGAGGCCGCCACCCGCGCCCUGCCCAAGCCCAAGCCCACGAGCGCCAGCCAGCGCCUCGUCGCCGUCAACAGCCUCAAGAAGACGGCCAAGGGCGACGCCAAGCUGGCCCCCGAGAAGCGCGUCUACCUGUACGUCGAGGCCGAGGCCGAGACCACGACGGCCAAGUUCCCCAAGGGCGAGUUCUUCUACAGCAAGGACUGGGUCAUAGGCCGGCUGCUCGACGCCGCCGCCCGCGGCCUCCAGGUCGAGAACGUGAACAACUCGUCGGCCAACGAGAAGGACAAGCUCCGGGUGUUCCACGUCGAGGGCGGACGGGUGUUGGAGUUCAACGAGAAGGUCGGAGCGUCGCUCACCAGCGGGAACACGGUCGUCCUGCUCAGGGGAAUCGGGCCGCCUGAGGACUUGAUUCAGCUAUGA